GGUAUUUAAGUCCACGUUUUGAAUUCAAAAAUUCACGUGAACCUCGUGGUCGUGGCAAGCAGAUCAUAAGUAAGAACUGGAAACAAUAAAUGAAAAGGACAAGUUCAAAACGAUAGUGUUAUUGAAGUAAAGAGAAAUAUAUCAGUGGAAUUAUCCUUUAAGAGAUGAUAAGUGUUUUCAAACCAGCUCAAUGUGCUUCUACAAACAGUUUCAUCAAUAGUUAUGAUGGAUCAACAUCCCCCACACCAUAUUUACCGUUCAAUUACACGGUAGAGGGAUUGACUAGAGAUGUUUAUGUCAAGCCACUUCACAGUCAUAAUGAUUAUUGGAGAGCCCGACCUUUGUUUGAUGCCUUAAGUGCGGGAGCACAAAGCAUUGAAAGUGAUAUAUGGUACUUUAGUACUGGAUACUCCAAUGAAAGAACCAUUACAGAAACAACUGCUAACAAAUUAGUAAACACUACUGUUACGAAAUAUUUCAGAAAUGAUGAAAUUUACGUGGGUCACAGCUCAAUAUACCUUGAACCAAUUAAUACACUAAAUAAUUUAUAUUUGAAUCCAUUGUAUGAGUUCCUCGAGUUUACAAACCCAAGCUUCUCCAACUUGGAGAAUACUAAUUUGAAUGGAGUAUUUUAUAAUGAGCCAGAGACUACAUUAUAUCUUUGGUUUGACUUUAAAACAAGUGCUAAUGAAACAUACCAAGCAUUAAAGCCAUACUUACAACCAUUCAUAGAUCGAGGAUAUUUAAGUUUUUAUGAUGUUAAGCAAGACAAGUAUGUUGAAGGGCCAUUAACUUUGACAAUUACAGGUAAUUUACCAACAGAAUUGGUCCAACAGGAACAAGACAAGAGGUACUUCUUUUUGGAUGGACCCUUGGACAAGUUUAAUCCUUCUAGUGAUGAUGAAGAAUUAACAAAAUGGUCUAAACUAUCUCGAGUAGCAAGCUGCGCGGCUCAAGCAUUCUUGAACGGUGAUGUUUCAGCAAUCAAGGCUGCUUCUAGAGCACCCUUCACCGUUGAUCAAGAGAACACAGUCAAAAAUUAUAUAAAUACGGCACAUUCAUAUGGAUUAAAGACCAGAGUCUGGGGAGAUGUCUCUUGGCCAGUAAAUAUUAGAGAUUCUCAUCUCAAGAGCUACUUUGAAGCAGGAUCUGACUUUUUAAAUGUAGAUGAUUUACAAAAAGCAAUUGAACUAUUCUAAAGUUUGAUUUAAUAUAUAUAU